AUGACGGCGCCACAACGGGGCUCCAGGCCGGAUGUACUUUGCAGUUACCGCGGCCGUGGACCAGGCAGUUCACUCAGCGGCCGUGGACCAGGCAGUUCACUCAGCGGCCGUGGACCAGGCAGCUCACUCAGCGGCCGUGGACGAGGCAGUUCACUCAGCGGCCGUGGACCAGGCAGUUCACUCAGCGGCCGUGGACCAGGCAGUUCACUCAGCGGCCGUGGACCAGGCAGUUCACUCAGCGGCCGUGGACGAGGCAGUUCACUCAGCGGCCGUGGACGAGGCAGUUCACUCAGCGGCCGUGGACCAGGCAGUUCACUCAGCGGCCGUGGACCAGGCAGUUCACUCAGCGGCCGUGGACGAGGCAGUUCACUCAGCGGCCGUGGACGAGGCAGUUCACUCAGCGGCCGUGGACGAGGCAGUUCACUCAGCGGCCGUGGACCAGGCAGUUCACUCAGCGGCCGUGGACCAGGCAGUUCACUCAGCGGAGGUGGACCAGGCACUUCACUCAGCGGCCGUGGACCAGGCAGUUCACUCAGCGGCCGUGGACCAGGCAGUUCACUCAGCGGCCGUGGACGAGGCAGUCCACUCAGCGGCCGUGGACCAAGCAGUUCACUCAGCGGCCGUGGACCAGGCAGUUCACUCAGCGGCCGUGGACCAGGCAGUUCACUCAGCGGCCGUGGACCAGGCAGUUCACUCAGCGGAGGUGGACCAGGCAGUUCACUCAGCGGCCGUGGACCAGGCAGUUCACUCAGCGGCCGUGGACCAGGCAGUUCACUCAGCGGCCGUGGACCAGGCAGUUCACUCAGCGGCCGUGGACCAGGCAGUUCACUCAGCGGCCGUGGACCAAGCAGUUCACUCAGCGGCCGUGGACCAGGCAGUUCACUCAGCGGCCGUGGACCAGGUAGUUCACUCAGCGGCCGUGGACCAGGCAGUUCACUCAGCGGCCGUGGACCAGGUAGUUCACUCGGCGGCCGUGGACCAGGCAGUUCACUCAGCGGCCGUGGACCAGGCACUUCACUCAGCGGCCGUGGACCAGGCACUUCACUCAGCGGCCACCACCACACGUCUCAGUCUGCCUUGAAUGGACUCCUGUGUAACUAUUUUAUCAGCAGUAAACUUCAGACGGAGAAAAAAUCACAAAUUAUCAGCUAA